CAGAGCUGCGUCUCGGAACCGGACUGAGAAACCAGAACCAGUCGGCUUGGGGAAAUUUUGAGUAAAAAAACGAAAAACAAAACCCGGAUGUGGGGAAGCAGAGCGUACUGUAGUUCUACGCUUAAGCCGUCAUAUAUAACACUAGCGUAAGUUACGUAUUUAAAUGUGAUGUAGCCGAUAGGCACUGACUGGACAGGCGGUGAAGAGAGGUCGCUGACGGACUGUGCGCACUGCUGAGUGGACAGCAGGGUUUCUCGCUGUAUAUUUAAGCUUGGACGGGCUCCUGACAGCAGGUUCGCACUUCUUCUGCAGUGCAGCUCGUCAUCACCAUCAUAACCAGAUGCCCUCCGCCGGACCGGACCCGUUCAGUUUCAUGCCGUCCAACCUGACCGGAGCUUGAGCCGAAGGAUGCAGGUUAAAAACCAGAUCUGCACAGAGCGGAGCAGCAACGACGACCCGGAGCAAGAUGACAAUCAGAAGAAGACCUCGUGUUUUUCCAACAUUAAGAUAUUCCUGGUGUCGGAAUGUGCUCUCAUGUUGGCACAGGGCACCGUGGGCGCCUAUCUGGUAAGUGUUCUGACCACUCUGGAGAGACGCUUCAACCUCCAGAGUGCAGAUGUGGGUGUCAUUGCCAGCAGCUUUGAAAUCGGCAACCUGGCCCUCAUCCUCUUUGUCAGCUACUUUGGCGCCAAGGCUCACCGGCCCCGGCUGAUUGGCUGCGGUGGCAUUGUCAUGGCGUUGGGGGCCUUGCUGUCAGCCCUGCCAGAGUUCCUGACUCAUCAGUAUGAGUACGAGGCCGGUGACUCGUGGCAUGCCGAGGAUGGCAGGGAUGUCUGCUCCAACAUCUCCAGGUCAGAGAACAGAGACUCUGGGUUUAAAUGCGGUAAUCGAGCCAACACCAACAUGAUGUACCUUCUGCUCAUCGGAGCCCAGGUCCUGCUGGGCAUUGGGGCAACACCUGUUCAGCCCUUAGGAGUGUCCUACAUUGAUGACCAUGUCCACAGAAAAGACUCCUCACUGUAUAUAGGUAUCCUAUUUUCAACUUUAGUGUUCGGCCCAGCUUGUGGCUUCAUCUUAGGAUCUGUCUGUACCAAAGUUUAUGUUGAUGCUGUUUUCAUUGAUACCAGUAAGCUGGACAUCACCCCAGAUGACCCUCGCUGGAUCGGGGCGUGGUGGGGCGGCUUCCUCCUGUGUGGUGCCUUACUCUUCCUGUCCGCCCUCUUCAUGUUCGGUUUCCCCCAGGCGCUGGAUGAGCAGGACAUGGACAGUGGAGCUGAGAGUGAGCAGGCCAUGCUGCCUUCUUCCCUGAGCCUGGAGUUCCAGGGCUCUAAACCCAAUGGAGCCAUUCAUGGCUUUGAUAUAAACAGCGGACUCUCAGUCUGUCAGCAUCUGAGAGUGAUCCCCCGGGUUACCAGGCACCUUCUCUCCAAUCCAGUGUUCAGCUGCAUCACGCUGGCAGCCUGCAUGGAGAUCGCUGUGGUUGCUGGCUUUGCUGCCUUUCUGGGCAAAUACUUAGAGCAGCAAUUCAACCUUACAACAUCCUCAGCUAAUCAGCUGCUAGGUAUGACGGCCAUCCCCUGUGCCUGUCUGGGAAUCUUCCUUGGGGGGCUCCUGGUUAAGAAAUUGAACCUGUCAGCUCUGGGUGCCGUCCGCAUGGCCAUGCUGGUCAACCUGGUGUCCACUGCCUGCUAUGUCUCUUUUCUCUUCCUGGGCUGUGACACUGGACCUGUCGCUGGGGUCACAGUGGCCUACGGCAAUGAGACGUUGCAGUCUUGGCAGCAGCCUGAGUCAGCAUGCAUUAGUAACUGUAACUGUUACACUGCAUCGGUGAGCCCUGUCUGUGGCUCCAAUGGAGUCACCUACCUCUCAGCCUGUUUCGCUGGCUGUACCAAACCAGUGAGUUGGGACAUUACUGCUGAUAAUCAUUGCUCCCCAGUGCCUGAAGGGCUCACAAUAAAUAUAAAUACUGCAGAUUUACUUGAUAUAUCAUUAUUACAUUAUCGCCUCAUUUCUUUUUUUUGUCAGAACCUGACCAACUGUGCGUGUAUAUCCAGCAACAGCGAAGAAGCAGUGGCUUUACCGGGAAAGUGUCCCAGCCCAGGCUGUCAGCAAGCCUUCCUCACCUUCCUGUGUGUUAUAUGUGUGUGCAGCAUGAUUGGAGCUAUGGCCCAGACGCCCUCUGUCAUCAUCCUUAUCAGAACUGUCAGUCCAGAGCUUAAAUCCUACGCCCUUGGUGUUCUGUUCCUGCUUCUAAGACUAAUAGGCUUCAUCCCUCCCCCUCUGAUCUUCGGCAUGGGCAUCGACUCCACCUGUCUGUUCUGGAGCUCCGUCUGCGGCGAGAAGGGAGCCUGCAUGCUGUACGACAAUGUGGCCUACAGGCAUUUGUAUGUCAGCAUCGCCAUCGUUCUCAAGUCAUCAGCUUUCCUUCUGUACACCACCACAUGGCAGUGUCUGAGAAAGAACUACAGGAAAUACAUCAAAAACAACGAGGGGUACCUCACGCCCACCGAACUCUUCGCCUCCAACGUGACUCUGGACAAUUUGGGAAAAGAUAUCACGCAGAACCCAACCAACAGGACAAAAUUCAUAUACAACCUGGAGGACCGUGAGACGUGUGACAACAUGGAGUCUGUUUUAUAGUGCUGGUCUGCACUGGGGCUGCAGACCAGAGCCGUUAAUGUGCAACAGACCUGAAGCGUGAUGUUUCUGUGGUGUUGUAUCAGUUCAGAGAAAUGUCCUCAGUAAAGUUCCAGUCUUCUUAUCAUCCAAAACAUGACACAUAUUGAAAAAGAGAAGAUUCCCCAAAUUUGCCACGUCCACGUUUUUGUCAGCUGAAAUUAAUCUGGUUUUAAGAAAAUUACUUUUACUUUUUUUUGCAAAGUUGGAAUAGAAAGUGAAGAGGAAAGAGGGGGAAAAUCACAUGCAAUAGAUUACUUCUGACUAAAGUUUAGUUCAAAGUUUUGGAUUUACUAUACCAGAGUUUAUGAAAUGGUUUAUUUUCCUUUAGUAUUUCUCAGGUAUGGUAUAUCAGAAAAUGCAAAAAGGGUGACAGUAAUCAAUUUUCAGUCCAUCUGCAGUGCAUCUGGGGAUCCCUACAGGAGACUUCUUAACACAUUUGUUGUAAACCUUUUAUUAGGUUUCGACUCCAUCCAAAACCAGUUAACAAGCCCUUUUCACUGCAGUCAUUUUGAUAUUGAGCAUGCACAAUACCAGAGCCUCUGUCCAUGUAUACGUAUGGAACAGAGCCACUAUUGUUGUGACUAAUCACAUUCGUGUUUACCCUGCAAUAACAUGUCAGUGUGGCUGCUAUGAAAAGGGCCCGUUUCUAAGCCAGUAUACAAUUACUGUACGUUUCUUCAACCUUAACCCCGGCAGUGACUCAAACAGACAUACAACAAGCAAUGAAAAAGAAAUCAAAUGGUUCAAAAGGUGCAGAAGUUUACAGCAAUAUAGAAAACUGAUUUAUUUAUUUAGCUCCUGCCACCAAUUAUUGCAGGUCACAUUUUCCACAAAACAUGGAUUAUCCCACUUUGAAACGGUUAAAAUGUGAAAGAGGUUUCUAACAUUUUUCAGAGAAACAAAUUCUUUCAUCAUAGCUUUCAGUGUUUACUUUAGUCGAGAAAGUUGUGGGAAAUAUGUGAAGUUUUGGCACUGAUACUCGACCAAAGUCUGAGAUUAUAUUUUAGUUUUGGAGCCACAAAACGUUUCAGUUUUGUUUUUUUUUGACAUUUAUGAAAAUUAGAUGCAGCUUCUGAGAGGUAAUCAGAAUAAAAACUUAACUGUCAAAGUUUAAAUAAUAGCCUGACUCAAAGGAACAGAGUAAGAUGGCUUUUUCAUUAAUGUUUAGACGAGAUGCACAUGAUCAGUUUCAGUAAAUGAACCUGUAACCUUUCCUAAAUCACUGAUCCAACAACGCUCAUGCCAACUGCAAACAGAUGCAGAAUAAGAGUUUGUAAUGUAAUUUCACUCUUGGGGACAUCCUUUGCAGCAUUGAUGCAUGGAAUACAAAGCAACAAAUAUAACAAGCAGGAGACACUGCAAAUAAGACACUCCAGGUACAUUAUUUAGGAGGGCCAAAGCAGGUGGCAGCUGUGGGGAAGGAAGCUUUUACCAAGAGCACCAGUAUGACUAGUGAGCUCACACUGAGUGAAAGUGAGAGUAUGAAGGCCUUUAUGUGGAAUACCAAGUCAUUGUAUUGAGACUGUUGAUUGUAGUGGCUAGCUGUCAACAGACACAGCAUAGCAUGACGCACAGUGUCCAGCCAGAAUUAGUUCAUUAAAAAGCAUGCUGGUAAUGCAUGCACAUAAAAAUAAAAUAUGUUCAGAAUGAUGUCACUAUAUUGCACAGACUCUGUGGUUUGUUGGCCAUUGUAAUGGUUAAAUAUACAUUUAACUUGAAUGGCCUCCAAAUUCUAUUUUUGACCAUGGAACAGCUUUAUAAUGCAUACUGCAUUGUGAUGAUGACUUUUUUUCUUCUUCUUUUAAAUCAAACCUCAGCUGUCACAAUCACUCACACUGAAGUGAUUGUCUACAUGCAGAUACAAUACAGCUUUUUGUUAAAGAAUUCAACUGGAUUCUGAUUUUUGACAUAUCCACUUUAUAUAUAGUGUUUUUCUUCUGGCUUACUCUGUAAGUAUUUAAUAUGUUUUGCAUCAAAAAUCCAGAGAGCAAUCAUCACAAUACGUUUCAUUUUUAAAAUGCAUAUACCCUUUGAGGCUUUGGGAAAUACGCUUUUGGGAAAUUCUUUUCCUAGCCAGAGUUAGAAAGAAUGAGGUUGAUAAUACUCUGGCCAGCUGUACAGUAAGUACAAAGGUAGAGCUAGCUGUCAGUUAGCUUGGCUUUGUAUAAAGACUGAAAGGCUCAGUCAAAACAUCGAAACAAUCAGUCUAUUCAAGUCAUCUUAUUAUACUAACAUGUUAGAUCUACAUUGUCUUUGUAUACUUUGUAUACAAAAACUGAAAUGUAAAAAUUGGGGUUUAUUUUCUCAGGUUUGGGCCUGGAAAUCAGUGCAGCCUACCAAUAAAUGCCCAUGAAAUUAGAACUUGUUAGUUUUAUGCCUCAGUUGUUGCAUAUAUGAAACAAAAAUGUUAAUAGGUUAUCUUUAAAGGUGCUGGUCAGUAGAUUAUGUCAUCAUAGCCCAGUUAGCUGCUCUGCUUUACCUGUUUGUGCUAAAUUAAGCUAACUACUGGUUAUAGAUUCACAUAAGAAAGUCUGUAUGUUUAGCUUGUUUCCCAAAAUUUCAAACUGUUCCUUUAAGCUAGCUUUGAAAAGGUUCACAAAUUCUUUUUGCCACCACCAGUGUCUCAAGAGUCAUUUAUUAAGAGUAAAUACAUGCACAUUACUUGUAGGUCUACAGCAUUUUAAGUUUCAUAUGCAAUGAACCAAAAGAACAAGAUUUAAACUCUACAUAUAAACUCUACACUAAUAAAUACUUUUAUUUUGGAUGCACAUUACUUGUAGGUCUGCAAUAUAUUGAGUUUCAUAAACAAUUAACCAAAAGAAUAAGAUUUAAACUCUACAUUGAUGCUGCUAUAGCUUCAAAAAUCAUAAAAACACAGUGGGAAAAUAAAACAACAGAUCAGUGCUUUAUGGACCUACGUUGACCACAGAGACACGCUAAACCACAUCACAUCAUUGUCUUUGUGGAUUUUCUUAGAAUAGAAUAUAAACAAGUUGAGAUAUUUUUUUUUUUUAUAGUGAGAGAACUUUUCGGCACUGACUAGUGGGUGCCUGUUUUCAAGCUCAAAAUCUAACGACGAUGGAAAUAUUGGCUCCGAGCGGGAUAUUUGGGAUAAUGCUGAGCUGUACAAAUAAUUCAAAAGAAACAGGGUGGGGCACCUUCUGGCCACCAUCUCCUCUUCAGCAAUCCCAAACAGGUGGCGCUGUCUUUGAUAUUUAUAGCACCCCAGUGUGUCUAGUGUUGACUCCUCUGUACAUAAUAGUGCCAUAAAAGUGCCGAAGUGACACCAUAGAAGUGUUCUGUGACGUCCUGCAGAGAACUUUGUCUGAACACGCUGGAGCUCAAAGCAGAUCCUCCGGUUGUAUGUAGCCUUUUUGUGAUAUCCCUCAACUUACUUUCACCACAUCAUCCUAAAGUGUCCCAAAAAUAUAUUGCCUAUAGAAUAUUGUACAUUGGUCUAGAAAACAGUAAAUUUAGGAUGUAAUAACUGUUAAUAUGUAGAAGUUUUCUACUAGUGAAGGUAUUGUCGAAUUUAGAUUGAAUUCUCUUUCCAUCAGUGACAAAGCUGAUAACUGUUGCUUUGGUACAAUUGAAAACAAUACUUUGCUCAAACGUAUUGUUUUUAUUACUGUGGCACCGAUGUUGAGCUGUAGUCUGAAUUUGCACAGUAGAUGAGGCUGACUGUAGAAGAUCAGCCAAACUUCACUGAUAGCGGUCCUGCAACUGUGCCUGGAUGCGAAGCUCUACUCUAAGACUUUAUGAUCGGAGCUCAUGUUGUGCCAUAUCAACCUGUGCACUGUAACAUUCAACACUUGCAAAGAAGAAAACAACAUAUUUUAGGUCUGUCCGACAAGUGCAAGGGCAGCAGCAUUUGCUUGACCUUGCAUUGACCUGUGGCAACAGGACUGUUUUCUUUUAGCACCUCAAUGUGCUCAAGACAUUUUGCCUUGUGAUGGAAAAUAACUUUAAAGCUUAAAUGUUUCUUUUUUCAUCCUAUUAUUUUCAUUCAUCUCUUUUGAUGGCCUUGCUGUGUGGUAACAACAGUUUGACUUUUAUAAAGGACUUUUAGUGGCAGGAGUAUUGACCUAUGAAGAGUUUACUACCAAAAUAUGACAUCUGCAAGGAAAAAAUCUUAUUAUCUAUGGUGGUUAAAGACACAUUUUGUCAACAAUAAAUAGGUUUCCUGUUUAAAAAAAGAAGAUAUAAUUUGUUUAAAAUUUUUGUUGCUAUUAUGUAUUUUGCAAUUUUUUUGUCAUUUUGGAAGACAACUCUUCAUAUACAGAUUGAUAAUCCUUUGUUUUGAGCCUUUAGGCAGCAUGUUGCCUUUGAUUUGAGAGAAACAUUAUGCUAACAGUGACGGCUUUAGAAUGACAUGUCUGCUUAUGCUGUUGGUGGUAGUCAAAAUGAGAAUUGUAGGAUUCUGUGUAAGGGACCUUUGCAAAAGAAAAGGGUAAUGAAAUAAGAAUAUAUCACCUAUAUUUUCAAAGAUUUUUUAGAUAUGCUCUGUUGCUUCUUGGGAUUUGUUUUCAAUUUUUUUCUUUAAAUGAUAAAUUUAUAUUUAAAAGCUUUAGUUCUGUAUAUUUCUUGGAAAUUACAUGAUUGUAUGUUUAUUGUAAAUACAUUAAAUAUACUAUUUUUGUUUGUAA